AUGCAUGGAAAUCCAGGCGGAGUUACACGCCCUGGCCUCAGCAGGCCGAGUGCCGUGGUGCGUGAGCUGCACAAAAACGACGGAACAAACCCGCGAAGUGCGCGCGGCCGUCAGAUUGCCUCCGAAAUGAAGGGUCUGAUGGAGGAUGUGUACGGUGGCGCAGUGACGCAGUGUCCCCCCUCCUCAUCGGGCGUAGGUGGAAAAUACGCACGGUUUAAGCCCUUCUUUAACGCAUCCGCCGUAUCGCGAAGUUGGCAACAAGGUCCUGCAGAUACAACUGGACGCUGCUUUAACGCCAGUGAUCGGAACCUGCUUUGCAUGGACGUCCAUAUUAGGAAUAAAUUGUGCGUGGUGGGCUCCGCGGACCAUGGACUCAAGGUUUUUGAUAUCACGACUGGGAAAGAGAAGAAAAAUCUUUACACCAAAAAUUAUGGUCACACCGAGUGGGUGACUUGUUGCAAGUUUCUUCAAAACAGUGGCCAGAUCAUCUCUGGUGGAAUGGACAGUAAACUGUGCCUUUGGGAGGCCACAGGACCUGUACGCUGCAGCGAUCUACUGGGCCAUACCGGCAGUGUCAGUCAAGUGGAAGUUAACAGUUCAAGUAAUAUCGCCGUCAGCAGCAGUUAUGAUCGUACCAUGCGUCUCUGGGAUUGCGGCGGCAGCGGCGGCGGACGUUGUCUAGCGACACUCGCUGGGCAUAAGGCACCUGUGAUGAUGUUUUCCUGGUGCGGGGCGCAGGUGCUUUCAGGCGAUCGUCAAGGCACGGCAAAGAUGUGGGACCUUGAAACAGGCGACUGCCUCGCCACAAUGGCCACCAAACGUGGGCAGAUUGGGUCCCUCUGGCAUCUUCUUCACACGAGUGUGGGCCUCCUUUCCGCCAUUGGGGAUCAGGGUGGCGUUGUCACUGUCAUGGACUUCCCUCGCACAGGUAGUAAGCCCAUUUUUCAAGACGUUUUACACCCUGGCGGCGUCGUUAGCGGCAUCCGCUCCAUUGACGAGACACCGUACUUAGUCACAGCAGGUGCAGAUAAAGUCAUACUCACCUUGGACCCUCGCGCAAGCUUUGCCGAAGUGCACCGCUUCACCGACCACCGCGACUUUAUCUACUCCCUUGAGACAUUUGGACCGCUGGUGCUCUCUGGUGGGGGUAACGGCUGGCUGCUUGUGCAUGACACCAUGACAGGGAAGUGCUGCUACGGCCUUGGAGCCAAUGCGGCCGCUGUGCGUGAAAUUUUUGCCACCCCCGAACAUUUGGUGACGGCCGGUGACGACGGCAACGCGAUGGUGUAUGACUAUAUGUAA